CGAGUCGCUUCUACAGGUUGCCACUUCCUUUAUCGUCGCUGGCACGUUUGUGAGUCCGUGGCGAGCGGCGAGGGAUGCGGGCGGCAUUUUUGGUUCUGGUUUCCCCGUCUGGGUGGUUGUGGAGGGCGAGCGCCACAGAUAGGUUGACGAGCGGGCUAGGCAGUAGGUUGCUGGUUGCGUCCAGGACGACCGCGGGUUAGUGGGCAGCACAUAUCCACCUGGUCCAUGCCCGCGCCUCCUCCCCUUAUCUCACACACCGCUGCCACGCCGCCUCUGAUUACACUGCUCCCCGCCAUUCUGCUCCCCACAGCCGCCCUGACCUCACCUCACUCACGACACUGAGUCUCCACGUGACUCUCGUGCCGCCCGCGCCCCCACGCUCGCACUCCGCCCGUUUAAACCGCUCGCGGCAUCACCCUUGACAGUGCGGCCCGCAGUGACAUGUCCCCCUCCGUGUUCCACCUUAAUUGUGCCGGAUCGUCUACCUGACCUGCCAUUUUCGCGACUUAGAAAAGUUUUCGCCUCGCGCAAGUUGUGCAUGUUAACUACCUGUUGUAUCUUUACUUUACGUGCGGAUAAGCUAGUUUGUGUUUGAGCAAUGAAGGUCACAUGGUUCACGUUGACAGUGGUGGCUCUCCUGCUGUUAUGGUUCCCCGGACCUCCAACGACUUCGGCGGCCAAUGUUCUUAUGUUGACUCCAAUCGCUUCCCGGUCAGUUCGACAGUUGUUCUCGACGUUGGCGCGGGGACUCGUGGACAGAGGACACCAUGUCACGAUCGUGUCCUGCGGUGAACCUGUGCCUCAUCACCCUAACGUGACCCACGUGCUCACGCCUCACUCCGCCCUCGACCAGAUGGAUCUCUUCGAGGUGCGAGAGAGCGGGGCCGUUUUUAAGCUGUGGAUGAAGGCCUUUCCUGCCGUGGCUCGAGAGAUGUACACCGACAGGAAGGUUAUGGAACUGUGGCACCAUAGGACUGAUUUUGACGCUAUCAUAGUCAACAGUGCCGCUAACGAGAUGGCGUUCCCCUUCCUUCUCGACAUCAAGGUACCUUUCAUCACUCUGGCUCCCACCGGAACGGAGCCGCUACAACUGGCCUACCUCGGAAACUUCGUGUCGCCGGCUGCUCUGCCGUCAGUAGUUGUACAUUAUGACGACACACUCUCUCUAUGGGAGCGCCUCGUCAAUACCUUGGCGACGGUAGCUAUCAGGUAUUCUUUCCGGCGAACCGUCGGAUACCCCCUUGCGAAUGCCCUUCGAGAAUUCUUCCCUAAUCUUCCGGAUCCUUUUGAAAUCUACCCGAACCAAUCUCUCUCGCUGCUGAACCGCCACCACCUCCUCGACGGAGCGAUCCCUCUGCUGCCCAACCAAGUGGAGGUCGGGUGCAUGAACUGUCAGCCUGCCCGUCCGCUACCUGAGGAAGUCGCUGAGUGGCUAGAUGGCGCUGGCGAGGCGGGUGUCGUGUACUUCAGCUUGGGAUCCUUCCAGAAUGCGUCCAGGAUUCCGCCAAAGUAUCGCGAGGCGCUCUUCAAGGCCUUUGCGCGCCUCCCCCACCGCGUCCUGGUCAAGUUCAGCGACGAUGGCUCCGAAUUCCCGUCCAACGUCCGGAGCUUCACGUGGCUUCCGCAGCAGGAUAUCCUCGGUCACAAGUCCAUGCGGGUGUUCAUCACACACUGUGGAAAACACAGCGCGGCAGAAGCUCUUUACCAUGGAGUACCAAUAUUAGGCCUUCCUAUUACAUUUGACCAACCUCGCACAUGUGCUCGUAUGGCUCGCCGUCAGGAGGGCAUUGUUCUCCAAUGGGAAGAGCUUACAGUUGAAACCAUCGUCAAUUCUGUCUAUGAACUCACCAAUAACCACAAAUAUCGUGAUCGAGUGGUAGGUGUGUCAAGGCGGAUGAAAGCACAGAAGGAAACUGGACUAAACCGAGCAAUUUGGUGGGUUGAAUACAUCAUUGAUCAUGGGAAGGAUUUCCUCAGGUUUUCUGGUGCAGAGUUGAGUCUGUCUCAAUAUCUUCUUCUGGAUAUAUUGGGAAUCAUUGUUGUACUCACUGCAAUUAUUGGUGGGAUCUUCAUUUUCCUAGCACGUUCAGUUUUGAAAGUAUUUUGGCCAUCAAGUCUUUCAAAGGCUAUUCUGUCUACAGUUUUUACAUAUGUAGUGUACAAUUUAUUACUGUUGGUGCUAAUCACAUCUCAAUAGUACAGACAAAGGAAUAAUACAUGGUGACAUAUAAUUGUUUUAAACAUGUAGGUGGUUAGUGUGUGACAAACUAUGCAAAUGAAUGAAUGAAUAUCUUUGUGUCUGUGUGUGUGUGUGUGUGUGUGUGUGUGUGUGUGUGUGUGUGUGUGUGUGUGUGUGUGUGUGUGUGUGUGUGUGUGUGUGUGUGUGUGUAUUGUCCAGGUAUUGAUUUAAGGAUGAGUUAAUAAAUAGCUCGAAAACUAUCCUUGUUGAUUAAAAAUAUAUGAGUAUGAUUUCAGUUUGACUGGAUAUUACACUUGAUAGUGUGCAUUAACACGGGAAUUUUGUUCAAAUUCAGAAUCUGAAUCUGAAAUCAAGUAUAUGUACAAAUCAAAUGUAUAUGAUAGGCCAGACAUACUACUUAUACACAGCUGGUAAAUAUUACCGGGUACCUCAUGAACUUAAACAACAACUAAGAAUGAUGAUCAGGAAUAACUUUUAUUUUUUGACUGGUAUGUUUCUUCCUUAUAAAUGAGUGCUUAUAAAUGAAUGAAAGGUAGUGUGUUCAUAAAAACAAGAAAUUCUAUAAAAUAUUUUCAGUUACCAAUAUUUAGGAAAUAUUGAUUCAUGGCAAAUUACAUUAAUGUGAAAGUCAUUUUUGCUUCAUGUUUUUUAAUAGAAAUGUUUCUGCAUAAUAACUUCCUGAAUAUUUUGCAUGUAUUUUUAUGCAUCAUUGUCUACUCAGGACAAAACUUGUCCUUUUAUUAUUACAAAAAAAUAUGUUUAUUACUCAUCCCCCCUCUCUCUUUCUCUCUCUCUCUCUCUCUCUCUCUCUCUCUCUCUCUCUCUCUCUCUCUCUCUCUCUCUCUCUCUCUCUCU